UGCGGACUGGCACGCGUUGAAGAAUGCUGUUUUUUUUGCUUGAUUUAAUCGUCAUUUGAACUCAUUUCGUUUCGGAUUUGCAACUGUGGAGGAAUAUUUUGAAUGGUUAUGAAACUGCGGGAGUAUUGUUGUGUAAUUACAUUAUCUGAUUAAUUUUUAUGUGAAGAGUGGGAAUUUAAAGUGCCUGGUGCAGCAGCUCUCUGGAAAACUGUAAUUGUCGAUCUGCUGUCGGACUCAGUUCUUCAUGAUGCCAUCGCAGUGUGUUGGCUGGAACUGUCCCACACGUCGCAAAGGCGACGAAACCGACGAUCCCACCGUCACAUUCCACUCUUUCCCGCUGACCAAACCCGACUUAUUAGCCCAAUGGCUGCAGAACAUGGGGGAGGCCAAUUGGAAGCCGCAGCGCAGCAGCGUCCUGUGCAGUCGCCACUUUGAUCGCAACUGUUUCCUGCAGAACUACGCCGUGCCGCGGCUGAAGCAGGGCGCCAUCCCCACCUUCUUCGAGAAGCGGCCCAACGCGCACCUCACCGUGGAUCUGGACCAGCGGACGGCCCAUGAGAACCUGAUGGUGGGGGGCAGCGGGGGGCAGGGCGGGGUGCCGGUGGGGCGGCGCCGCAAGGUGCUCAAGCGCUACGAUCCGCAGGAGGAGAUCGACAAUCUCAAGCAGAUGCUGGACGAUGAGCGGGUGAAACGGCGCGAGCUGGAGCAGGAGCUGUUUAAGUUGCGGCAGGAGCGAUCGGAGAUGGCCUCCAAAAUGAGUAAGCUGGAAGCAGCCAAAUGUCGGCCGAAUAUUCCUCAGAGUCUGAUUCCUAUUCUGGUUGAUGCAAUGACACGCGGUGUCGAUCCUCUGAAGAAGCCGGAACCGGCUCGCACGACGCCAGCCACCAAACGCACCGCUCCGCAGUCCGCUCCCGCCAGGGCUCCCGCGACGCGCACCGCCGCGGCGGCGCGUGCGGCUGCCGCCGCCAAGACAACCACACCCACCACGACGGCCGGCAGUCCCAGCAAGGUGGUCCUGCAGAUCCCCGACAGCGCCAGCAAGUCCGUGCAGUUCACCGUGCCCGUCAGCGGAGCGGCCAGCGCCACUGCCAGUGAGGCAGCGAAAACGGGGGAAGCGGCGGCGGAACCGGAUAUCGUGGAGAUUCCGGUGGAAAAGGAAACCGCCGCCACAUAAACGCCGUGGAUUAUUGAUUUCUGUCUGUUUUGUUGUGGUAUAUCCUGGUAUUGUAUUGUUACGAGACUUCUGCGGUUCCCUCUAUUAAUCAUUUAAACUCGUUCUUUAUUUUGAAAUGCGUAUCUUCUGUUGUUGUUGUGUACCGGAUUAAUGUUAUCUGGUUUUCUUAUGGAUUAACAUCUCGUGCCUACUGUUUUCUCACAAUAUAUGUAUAUGAUAAGACUUAAUGGUUAUUAAAGUUAU